AUACACCCCCUUACCAAAUUCAAUAUCACGACACCUAAAAAACAAAGAAAAAAAUUAAGAAAAUGUUGAGAUCCGAGGAUUACCACACCCACAUUUCAGGAGUCCGAAGAGAGCCUAGUGUUCUCACUGACGUCGCUCGCUAUCCAAAUGCUGAAAUGGCCUUCAACAAGAGGGUUAUUUACGAGGAAGAUGAGAUCGAAGGAUCUCGUCAUCGUCACCACCACCACAACCCAGAGAUCCGUGAGAGGGUUGAAGUGGUGGAGUAUGAAAGAGUACCUGAGGUUAGGUAUGGUGAUCAAGUGAUGUACCAAAUUGAAGAGGAUGUGGAUGUUGAAACCAAUCAGUACUACCCACGAAGGAACAGGCCAAAUGGUCUUGAAUUGCACAAAUGGAAAACAUUCAGGCCAUAGUAAGCUUGUUUGUUUGUCAUGUGAAAUAUGUUGCUACUUUUGCUAGGCAGACUAUCUUAACAUAUGAUCACCUGUGUGUGCUUGUAUUAAUUAAAUAAAUUCCUGCCUAGUCAAUAGUCAGCCUGUUACUAUGUUAUAUAAUUUGUGUAUCAAUCAAUAAUUAAUAAAGCUUAUCUAUACUAUAGCAUGUAUUUAAAUUAA